AUGGCUCGGAACACAAACGAUGUUCGAGUGCUGAUCGCAGGCGCCGGCAUCGCCGGCCUGGCGGCUGCCAUCUCUCUCACUCGCCAAGCCUCCAUCCCGAACCUCAAAGUGGUAUUGUAUGAGCAGGCGGAUGAGCUGAAGGAGAUUGGAGCUAGCAUUGCGCUCAGUCCUAAUGGCAUGCGCACGUUGCAAAGGUUGGGGGUACACAAUGCUCUCGCGGAUGAAGUAGGAUUCAGAUCGCCGAGUGGCAUUCCGCAGGUUUUCCGGCACUGGAAGACGAACCAGGUCCAUUCGGUCGAUACACACAACGAUGUGCCCGAUCCUCGUCACGCAACCACCCGCUUCCAUCGAGGCCAUCUCCAUAGCGCACUUCUCGAACAUGUUCCGCGAGAGUUCAUCCACUUGGGUAAAAAGACCGUCCGCGCCGAAGCCAACCACCAGGGUGUCUCACUAUACUUUGACGAUGGCACUAGCGCACACGGGGACAUCCUGAUCGGAGCUGAUGGGCUUAGAUCGAUCGUCCGACAAUCAUUUAUCCCCGAGUAUAAGCUACGGUUCAGCGGGAAGGUCUUCAUGCGAUCCACGUUUGAUGCAUCACUGGUAGAGGGGAAAGUCCCUGAUCUUCCUGCAGAUUCGAUUCACUGGUGGGGACCAAAAGACAACUUCUUCGCAUCUCGCCUGGGCAAACAACAAUACACAACGGUCGGCGCGUACAGCGAUCCACGCACCACGGAAGAGGUCGAGAAGACCGUUUCAUGGGACGAGGAGGGAGGCGUGGAGUUUCUCCGUGAAAGAUACAAGGACUGGAAUCCUGUCGUUAGAGCUCUGACGGAACUCACUCCCUAUACCAAACUCUACCCGAACUUUAUCGGAGACUCUCUUUCGACCUGGGUUCUAGCCCCUCGAGUCACCCUGAUUGGUGAUGCUGCCCAUGCCCAUGGGGGGGCUUUUGCAGCUGGCGGCUCCUUGGCUUUGGACGAUGCUCUGACUCUCGGACUCGCUUUUGGGCAUGCUCUCAAAGGGCUGGAUGCAGAGCAGUCUCUCCCGGAAAGCAGUAUUCAACUGGCACUGGAGCUGUAUAGCAGGGCGAGGCAACCUCAUACGGAGCGAUUACUUCGCAUUGUUCACCGCCAAACCUCUGAGGGCCAGUCGCAAGUUGGGGACGAUGAGGAACAGCAGCUCUCACGCCGUCUGCGGAAUCGGGCCAGUACGGUUUGGCUGUCGGAGCACGAUUCAGAGGCUGCAUUUGCAGCAACAGUCGCCAAGCUGGAGGAAGAGAAUAUUGCUGAGAAGCAGUGCCGCGAGGUCAAACUCUGA